AUGUUGAUGGUGUUCACCGAACCAGAAGAUGAAGGGCAUGUACACUUCGAAUUGCGGGUGUGCGAUCAGUGGGCUCCUAUGGGCGACUAUGAGGAUACGGACACAUUAUUAGUGAAGGCUUACAAGCUUUCGGAGAUUCCCGAACGAUUACAUUGGGCAAAUUCGAGAUUCAUGAGUGGUGUCGUGUUGCUCACCAAGCCAGGGACCAGCAUUAUCACGCGAGAACUUCCAUCAGUUCCCUCAGCGAGCGACCAGUCGCGUGAGGCGAAGCAAACGGGUGGAUGGGAUCCUGACACUACACAAAUGAGAGGCAUUUUCAUGGCCAGAGGUCCAGCUUUCAAAGUCAACGAAAAAGUUGGACCAGUUGAAAUUACCUUGCUGAACAUUUUGGCUGUGGAGCCAGCACACUCGCAUAACGGCACGUGGUCAAAUGUUGAAGGAAUGCUGGCAAGCGGUUGGGAAGAACGGCCGAACAGCGACAGAUUCAACGAUGUUGCACAAAUUUUCUGCUCAUUCCUGGUGAUCAUGAUAGCUUUCAGGGUUUUGUAUUGA